UUGCCGUUUCACGGCAGGCGUGAUGGGGACGAGAGGACGGAUGCCCUACCCCCCCCCCCACACACACCUCCAUGCCGGGAUGUCACGGUGGUGUUGGAGGAGGGAAACGCUGCAGCAUCCGGCAGAAUGUGGCCGCUGUCCAUGGUCCUGAACCCGCUGCUGUUCCUCCUACUGUUCGGAUACUGCCCAACAGCGACCAUCAGGCCAAAGGAGGGGUGGCAAGUGUACAGUUCGGCUCAGGAUGCAGAUGGGCGUUGUAUCUGCACAGUGGUGGCACCUGAACAGAGUCUGUGCUCCAGAGAUGCCAAAGGCAGGCAGCUCCGCCAGCUCCUGGAGAAGGCAUGCAGUAAGAGCACAGCGGGCAACAGCACGGCUGAACAAGGAGGACAUUUUAAUCUGGCGGACGGGAAAGAAAUCAAUGCUGUGCCUUUCCAUUCUUUUCAAAAGGUGCAGAACAUGUCGCAGUCAAUCGAGGUGCUGAACCUGCGCACGCAGAGAGACUUUCAGUACAUCAUGAGGAUGGAGAACCAGAUCAAAGGACUGCGGUCAAAGUUCCGGCAGAUCGAGUCGGACAGGAAGACGCUCGUCAAUAAAAACUUUCAGGAGCUGAAGGGAAAGAUGGAAUCCUUACAGCCGCUGAUCCCUGUCCUGGAGCAGUACAAAACAGAUGCCAGGCUCAUUUCCCAGUUCAAAGAAGAGAUCAGAAACCUGUCCGGUGUGCUGAUUGGAAUCCAGGAGGAGAUGGGAGCCUAUGACUAUGAGGAGCUGCAACAGAAGGUCCUAAACCUUGAGAGCAGGCUGCACAAAUGCAUGAAUAAACUCACAUGUGGCAAACUGAUGAAGAUCACUGGGCCGCUGACAGUAAAGACUUCUGGAACCAGAUUUGGAGCCUGGAUGACGGAUCCACAAGCGUCCUCCAAAAACAACAGGGUUUGGUACAUGGACAGCUAUACCAACAACAAGAUAGUAAAAGAGUACAAAUCCAUUGGCGACUUUGUGGCAGGAGUGGAAUCCAGAACCUACAAUCUGCCUUUUAAAUGGGCUGGAACCAACCAUGUGGUGUACAACGGCUCUCUGUACUACAACAAGAUGCAGACCAACAUCAUCGUGAGGUACAGCUUUGAGACGGGCCGCGUGGUCACACAGAGGACGCUGGAGUCGGCAGGCUUCCAUAACGUGUACCCCUACACCUGGGGAGGCUUUUCCGACAUCGACCUGAUGGCAGAUGAGCUGGGACUGUGGGCGGUGUACGCGACCAACCAGAACGCGGGAAACAUCGUCAUCAGCCAGCUGAACCCGGACACGCUCCAGAUUUUAAACACGUGGAACACAGAGUACUCAAAGAGGAAUGCCGGUGAGUCGUUUAUGAUAUGUGGAACACUCUACAUCACCAACUCGCACCUGACCGGCGCCAAGGUGUACUACGCCUACUCCACCAAAACGUCCACGUACGAAUACACAGACAUCCCCUUCCAUAACCAGUACUUUCACUUGUCUAUGUUGGACUACAAUUCCCGGGAUCGCGCCCUCUAUGGCUGGAAUAACGGCCACCAGGUCCUGUUUAAUGUCACACUUUUCCACAUAAUUAAAACGGAGGAUGACUCUUAAAGGAGAAAAAAAGAUCCUAUGAAAGUUUUAAAAAAAGAGAAGAUGAAAAUUACAGGUUGUGCCUGAACAUUCAUAUUAAUUUAUUUUAACUGUUAAUUUAUUUAAACCGUAUCAUUGAUUUAGCCCUGUUGCCAUCAAUUAAUUAAUUUACUAGGAAUGUUAAUAGAUACUUAAUCAAAGUGGAAACAACAUUGAAAUAAUUGAAGCCACUAUUUGUAAAACAAACUCAGUGAUUUUUAAACCUACUGCAAACUAAUUUAAGACUGAAUUAUGAUACUUUUUGACACCUACAAACAAAUACAAAUUUCUGAGGCUCCAUUUCCACUCUAUAUAAAAGCUUUUCCGAGAAUUUGAAUUUCAUGUUCAUAAUGGUUUUCCCUUUCAGUUAGUCACGCUGACUAAUUUAUUCACAUUUUGACUGUGGUCAUUAAUUGUUUUCUUUCCAUUCUUUUCUUGCCAUUAAUUCAUCAUGAUCUGCUCAUUUAGUACCGCUUUUCACUGCCUGCAUUUAGCUUUCAAUUUGUCUCUGUACUUUUCCUUUCAAAGGUUUUGCUCUUGACCUUGUACAAGACAAUGAGAAAUGUGGUGAACCAUAAUGCACCUGGAUAUUUAAUGUACUUGGCUUUUGUAGUGUCUGUGGAUAAUCUCAGCCAUCGUGGUUAGGGAUAUCUUGAAGUACCAAGUCAAAGUACUUAGCAAACCAUCAGAAUCUCGCUGCCUUUAACUUAGUACUCUAAGAUAUGACAUUUUUUUGGAACUUCAGCGACAGUUUGUAUGCCUUAUUCAGUGCCGUAUGUUCUGUAAGCCCAAGGAUAACAGCUCAUGUGCAUGAAUGUUGGCUAUCCUAAUGGCAUUUUACCGUAACUGUACAUCUAUGUAUUUUGUAUUUGCACAGCAUCCCAUUCUCCCUCAUUCUUAUUGAAAAAGUCCAUUUAUACACAUAGCAGUAGAUUAGUUUGAUAUGUAUUUGUUUGUGUUAAUAAGAUGUGAUUCAUAACAGAA